AUGAAGCAAGUAGAACAGCAAAUCCCUCCAGUGUGGGCACCAGAAGCAGCCUUCAUGGAGCAAGAGAAUCAUAACCUGCUAUCGGAUUCAUCUUAUAUCCUCGAACAUGAAAGCUCCGGGUUCCUCGAAAACGACAACCAUGGCUUCUUUCUUACCCCUCCUUACCCAUAUUCAUCUUAUGCGGUCCCUCAAAAUCUAGACUUGUCGGAGUUUCCCACCUGGAGCUAUUCUAGUCAGAGUGUCGAGCCUCAUCUCCCGACGGACGAUGAAGCUUUCAGUUUCUCAGACCAAUUUGUUCAAAAUGAAUCCAUUCUCAACAACAACAACAGCAGCAGCAGCAGCAACAAUAUCGUCGGAUCCUCUAUUGGCGACUACAGCUACCAGUCGCACUGGGCUUCCAGUAACCCGAGUGAUUCGGGCUUCUGGGGAGCAUGGGACACGCCAGAGUUCAUUCCGAGCCCGCUGGGUUUUGACUAUGAACUCUUGAAUCCUCACCCAUUUAUGUCAGAAUCCCUGGCGGGUCUUUCAUUCCCAGAAUCGUCUCUAUAUUGGAAACCAAAGGCAGGUCUUCCUUUAUCAUGUCCUCAGAGAGACUAA